CUGGCUCCUCGGAACGAUGCAUCGUUUGUGGUCUAAUCCUGUCAAGAGGGCAGCUUAUGGAAAACGCCCCGCAUUGUUGGUCAUAUGGCCGUUAAACAGGACCGAUGGACCUUAUGAUAACAAGGAGUUAUCUACUAAAGGAGACUUGCAAAUCAGAGUUUUACAAUGGGACAAGGACCUACCCAUUCCCAACCCUCCCCCAUUAAGGAAUCUUGUCGAUCACCUAACAAGACGACGAUUACCUUCUACUUCCAAAGGACUCAAAGCUGCUUUCAACAAUUUUCUCGUUCGAUCGACCUUCAAUGUGUUGGGGUUGUAUGGUGCACACGAAAGGAUGUGUAAGAACCAUACUGAUGACCCUGUACAUAACUGUUGGUACGCACCUUCAAACCAUGGAGACUCUUUUGGAAUCCGCCAUGAUGAGAUCUACUUCCACAGUGACAUCAUCCCUUCACAGCCUGUGACGUCAUACUCGGUGCUUAUCAGGGGGAGUCAUGGCUUGACGUCGGUCUAUGAUGGUAUUGGUGAAAGGCUUAAUGAUAUUGCGUGGUCUAAAAAAAUGGGCUGUGAUGUCAUGGUGAACAGAAGUGCAUCCCUUAUCAACGGUCUUAUGAAAGCCAGGAAUUACUAUAUGAGCAGUGAAUUUACUCAAGAUAAGAUCAAAACCACUUCUUUAUCAAUGCAAUGGUAUAAUUACAUAUUUUCCUGUUCAAUGCAGUUCUUCCCAGGGUCCAUUGAGCGUUAUAAGGCCCCUGAAAUGCAUUCCAAGCACAUUAUAGUUAUGGUACGCGGUAAUAUGUACAAACUUGACAUGAUGAAAACCGAUGAAAAAGGACAAACAAGAACCAUUAACGAAAGACAACUUAAGAGGCAAUUAAAAAGCAUCAUCGAAAUGGACGCUUCAAGACAACCAUCAAUUCAAGUUGGUGUUCUUACGAGUUUACCUCCUUCAGAUAGAUAUUUGGAAGAGCAGCGUAUCAAGUGCAUUAGUCAGCAAAAUGUCGUCAACCUUUCUCUGCUUCGUGAUGCCAUUUUCGUUUUGGCGCUCGACGCCGAGUCAUGUCCCAGAACUGCGAACGAAGCUAUGUUCUCUCUACAAUCGGGGAACUUUGUCAACCGUUGGUAUGACAAAAGUGUGCAGCUAGUUGUAUUUGGGAAUGGUGUCGCGGGCUUUGUGAAUAACUAUCUGGCAGGAAUGACGGGAACUGUUGGGACGAAAUUUGUUGGUAAAGCUGUUGGAUACGAGUCUAUUAGCAAAAGCUAUGACGGUACCGAUGACGUCAUAAUCUGGCAAGAGCCACGCCCUCUUAUAUGGGAUGAUUCCUCCGAUGAUUACUUCAAAAAGAAAUCGGCAGCUUUAAUCAGCAACAGUCGCAUAUCAGGACCGUUUAAGCAAUUAUCACAAGACGUAUUUAAGAUCUGCCAUUGCUUUAGUUUUGAGGCAAUGUGUAAGUCCAGCGGUGUAACCCCAGGGGCUGCCUUUCAGGCUGGGCUUCAACUUGCCCUCGCAAAGAUUGCUGGUAAAAUGAUGAGUGUAAAUGAGGUUGUUAGUAUCAGGCAUUUCAGGUUUGGGGGUAUGACAUUUAUGGACGCUAGUAUGGCUGAUAUGAAAAUAUUCAUUGAAAAAGCUCGCCAAAGGCGACACAACGUACUUAAUAUGUCCAAGCUGGACCGAAUGGUUCUCAACUCACUAUUGUUAAAAGCCACUCAAAGUUACAAAGAAGAGGUACUGCGUUAUAAGAAAGGCUACAUCAAUGUAUGGCAUCUCGACUCUCUAUACAGAAAUUUGGGCUUAGUUAAUCGUCUUCCAUUCAGAAAUCCUCCGACGUUGAACCCCAAAAAUGCGUUUCGACAAACAAUUAUUAAUUUUCUCAGAUCACCUCUGAUCAAUCUAUUACCACCUCAAAUCGCAGAAAAUGUCACCUCCAAUCCCUCCUGGUUUCCAGAGAUUGAGGCUAUUGGGAGACCUGGKGUCCAAUGCAUCCUGCCACCAUCUUCCAUGGCAUUGCAUUACAUGUUUGGGAGAGAUGCUAUUUCGAUCACGGUGAAUGCGAACCCUAACCAUCCAUGUUAUGGAAAAGAAGAAGAAUUUGCUCGAGAGCUUGAGCUGUCUUUACACUUUAUAAAAGAUUUGCUUCACGUUUCUGUCAAUAGAUCACCAGGAAAUGCAUCAAAGUAACUCCCUGUGCUACUGUUUAUAUCAGCCUGA